GCAAAUCAUUUGAAAUUGUAAUCAGAUUUUUUUUUGGAGUCUGACAAAAUUUGGAGGUAACCGGAAAUGAAAAAACAGAUUGUAAAGGAGUUCAUAACCGUGAAAAAGGUAUACCGCCUUCCACGGGAGCCGUCACCACCGCCGCCUCCACCCAAGCGGCAUGUGCUCGCCGUCGGCUGCUGCACGCUGGACAUGAUCACCAUAGUGGAUCUUCCACUCACUCCUGGCCAGAAGCAACGCACCAAGGACGGCCAGUGGCGGCGAGGCGGUUCGGCGACCAAUAUCUGUACCGUGUGGCGCCGAUUAGGCCUGGAUUGUGAAUUCCUGGGCGUUCUGAGCAGUGUUCGGGCAUUCGAGAGCCUGCUAAAUGGAUUACUUUCGCAGGGCAUUGACAUAUCCCACUGCCCGAUGACAAGUCACUAUCCGGCCCAUCGGAGCGUCAUUAUGCGGCGGGAUGCGGACAUACGCACCAUCUUGGAGUUCUCCAACGUCCACCAGGAGAUCACGUACCAGCAAUUCGUGGGCGCUGUGGACUACCAGAAGUACUCGUGGAUCCACUUCGAGGGCCGCAAUCCUGCCGAGACUCAGCGAAUGAUGAUGGCAGUGCGUGACUUUAACCAGCGUUGUCCAAACCUGAGAAUCGUCACCUCUGCCGACGUGGACAACUUGCGACCGGCGACCAUGCUCAUGGCCAGUUUUGUGGACUAUGUUUUCAUCCGGAGGGCCACGAAGGACGCCUACUCGUUCAUGAACGGACGCGAGGUUGUCUGUGCGGCCAGGGAUGCCAUAAACGAUGCGAGGUCCAAGUGGCAGAAGACUCAGCCGCGAAAGAUGCCCUAUUUGCUGCCCGAUGAACCCGCGGAGGACUCUGAGGAACGGUGCAAAGCAACGCCACCUGAUAAACCCGUUGUCAUCUAUAGCAACUACUCGGAGGGCGCCAGCUGCCUGAUGGCGGAUGAUACCUUCUUCAAAGUUGGCCCUCAGAUACCGAGUCGCAUCGUGGAUUCGGUCGCUGUGAACGACACCUUCUCGGCGGCCACGAUCUAUGCCCUGGAGAAGGUGAGGAUGAAGCUACGGGAUGCUCUGGAGUAUGGCGCCCGGGCAUCGGCACUCAAGAUGACCGAGAAUGGUUUCGAUAUCCUGCGCUGCUUGCCCAAGGACCUCAUGGGAUGCUACUACGCCUGAGUCUCUUAGUCGAACUGGAAACAAUAAAACAAUUAAUAGUGUUUAUGUACAUAA